GGAUUUUGGAGAGAGUGAAAGACAUUUAGCACGAUUGGAUCGCAGGUCAACUGCGUCCUCUUCGUCCGAUGAGCAGAUGAGUUUUGACAACAGUUCUCUCGCAUUGGGUUUGCCUCGGGUGCGCGCUCAAGGGGGAUGGAGCGCGCACAACAGGCCUGGAUCAAGUUACAGUCCCAGACUUUUCAAGGCGAGAUUUUUUUUUCUCUCCAUCAGAGAAGUGGGGGAUGGUGAGUGCACUCUCAAUUUGGUUUCCUUCAACUUUGUUCUUUAGAGAAAACCUCUGUAGAGUUUAAUUGUGCGUUGGACGUUUUUAACAACUUUCCGCGAAGCUUCUGUACGAUGAAGAGCUUUUCAAUAGUAUGUGGGCCAGAAAAGAGACAUAAAAAACUUUGGAAUCGGACGAAAAGACGUUUCUUUUGAUGGAGAAAAAAAAAAGUGCCAUCACGGAUCUAGGAAAUAUCCGCAUUUUGGUUACUUUCCAGUGCAAUUUGGUUUUUGCGUGAAACCUUUGCGCGCAUAACUCACGAGUGGAGAAAGUUUAUUUGGAAACAUUUGAUGAAACAUCGUUACAUUGUCGCGUCCCCAAGAUGUCCUCCAAGCGCAUCUGCUCCAUUGUUGGAUGUUUUUGGAUGCUUUGGAUCUGUGCAGCCACCUCUACGGUCGCUCGGGCGGUCAUCUUGCACACAAAUGAAACGGUGUUCAACGACUUCUGUAAGAAAACGACGACUUGCGAAGUGUUGAAAUACAAUACGUGUCUGGGGUCACCUUUGCCUUACACGCACACGUCUCUGAUUCUGGCUGAAGAUUCAGAAACUCAGGAGGAAGCUUUGGAUAAACUGGCCAUGUGGUCUGGGCUGAGAAAUGCUCCUCGCUGUUGGGCGGUCAUUCAGCCACUGCUGUGUGCCAUUUACAUGCCAAAGUGUGAGAAUGGAAAGGUGGAACUGCCCAGCCAACACCUGUGCCAAGCUACACGCAAACCUUGCAGUAUUGUUGAGCAGGAGAGGGGCUGGCCCAGCUUCCUCAAGUGUGAAAAUAAGGACAAUUUCCCUAAAGGAUGCCAGAACGAGGUCCAGAAGAUCAAGUUCAAUACAUCAGGACAGUGUGAGGCUCCUUUGGUCAAAACCGAUAUCCAGGCAAGCUGGUACAAGGAUGUGGAAGGCUGUGGGAUACAGUGCAACAAUCCCUUGUUUACAGAGGAUGAGCACUCUGACAUGCACAGCUACAUCGCCAUCUUUGGCUCCCUCACUCUCCUCUGUACCUUCUUCACACUGGCCACAUUUCUUGCAGACUGGAAGAAUUCUAAUCGUUACCCUGCUGUCAUCCUGUUUUAUGUCAACGCAUGCUUCUUUAUUGGAAGUAUUGGAUGGCUCGCUCAGUUCAUGGAUGGAGCCCGCAAGGAGAUCGUGUGCAAAAGUGACGACACCAUGCGGCUUGGAGAGCCAUCGUCUACUGAGACACUAUCAUGUGUGAUUAUCUUCGUCCUUGUGUAUUACUCUCUUAUGUCUGGGGUCAUUUGGUUUGUUAUGCUCACCUAUGCCUGGCACACAUCAUUCAAAGCCCUGGGCACCACCCACCAGCCUCUGUCUGGAAAAACCUCUUAUUUCCACCUGGUCACAUGGUCCAUUCCUUUCAUACUGACAGUUGCCAUACUGGCCAUUGCGGAGGUGGAUGGCGAUUCUGUUAGUGGCAUUUGCUUUGUCGGCUAUAAGAACUACAGAUAUCGUGCAGGGUUUGUUCUGGCUCCCAUCGGGGUGGUCCUUGUCAUAGGCGGGUAUUUCCUGAUACGAGGGGUCAUGACAUUGUUUUCCAUUAAGAGUAAUCAUCCGGGCCUACUUAGUGAAAAAGCUGCCAGUAAAAUCAACGAGACCAUGCUGAGGCUUGGUAUAUUUGGAUUCUUGGCCUUUGGUUUUGUUUUAAUUACUUUUGGCUGCCAUUUCUAUGACUUUUUUAAUCAAGCCGAGUGGGAGAAAAGCUUCAGGGAAUAUGUACUAUGUGAGGCUAACGUCACCAUAGCUCAUCAGACCAACAAGCCAAUCCCAGAGUGUGCCAUCAAGAACAGGCCCAGUCUGCUGGUGGAGAAGAUCAACCUUUUCUCAAUGUUCGGCACGGGCAUUGCAAUGAGCACAUGGGUUUGGACGAAGGCCACCAUCCUCAUCUGGAAACGCACGUGGUGCAGAAUCGUUGGACGUAGUGAUGAUGAGCCGAAACGCAUCAAAAAGAGUAAAAUGAUCGCCAAGGCAUUCUCAAAGAGAAAAGAACUGCAGAAAGAUCCAGAGAAAGAGCUGUCCUUCAGCAUGCACACUGUCUCUCAUGAGGGACCUGUGGCGGGUAUUAACUUUGACCUGAAUGAGCCAUCCAUGGAAAUGUCUUCUGCAUGGGCUCAACAUGUGACUAAGAUGGUGGCUAGAAGAGGGGCAAUCUUACCGCAAGACAUCUCAGUGACGCCCACUGGAACACCUGUUCCACAACCAGAGGAGAGGAACAGGCUCUGGAUGGUUGAAGCAGAAAUUUCCCCUGAAAUGAUGAAAAGAAAGAAGAAGAAGAAAAAGAGAAAGAAGGAGGCACAUCCAAUGGGACCAACAGUGGAUGAAGGGAAUCAUUCCUACCCUCGCAGGGAGUUUGGCACCAGUGCAGUGCCACGCCUCCCAAAGCUGCCCGGUCACCGGAGUCUGGUGGCUAACCUGUGGGAACAGCAGCAACAACACCAUGAAGAACAGCACGUGCUCCCUGGGGCCUAUCCAGAAUUCUGGCCUUCCUGUCCGCUUCCCUACCAGGAGAGGAGGUACGGUGGGCUAGGAUACCUUCCCUCCAACUCGUGCAAUAAACCCUCUAGUCUCCCGGUUGCCAAUCCCCUGAUGCUAAGGGACAGCAUGCAACAUGACUCAAGUGGCUUCCAACAAUCAUCAUGGCAACCAAAUGGGGUUUUCCGCCACCUUGAGCAGGAGUCUUGUGUGAUGGAUGGUGGUAGGACUGCCAUUGUGCCACAAGCGGAUGGCAGGAGGGGUGUACCAAUACACUCCAGAACCAAUCUUAUGGAGGCUGAGUUAAUGGAUGCAGACUCUGAUUUUUAAGCCCUUGGAGUUGUUGGUGCUCAUUUUGCAAAAGCAAAAGUCUGCCUUGAUGGAUUAUAACUGUGCUGGCUCCACUUUUAAGUAUAUUGCUUUUUCAUGCACUCCUCAUGAUAUUAUGGAACACAGACCAUGAAUUGCAAUCAGUUAUGAUUUGACUUUAUUAAAAAGCCAGACAUUUAUGUGUUCAAAACAUUGGCAACUUGGGGCUUUCAUGCCAUGUAUGAUUCUGCAAUGUUCCGUGGUGCUAAUUUCUUUUGUUUGCUAGCUGGGCUACUAUGACAUCAUUUUAACAACUUGUAUUGUUUUGAAACAGGUUAGUGUGUCAUGGGGCCACACGAUUUCUGAUCUUGUCUUAAAGGUGAAGUGUGUAAUUUCUGCAGCACUAUAGCCCCAGGGUACUCCAGCACUCUUGCCAUCUAUCAUUGGUCGAAAAACAGAUCGUCCCGUUACAAACUCAUGCCAUUGGUUGAGCCAAUGUUGCUGUGCUGGGCUGGUCGGGAUGCUCAAACAAACAGCAAUGUUUUGAAAGCACCACAGAGCCACAGUGUUUACACUUUUCAUGAAUAUGAAUCUAUGAAUGGCUUAUUUACAAUCUCUGCAUAUGAAGCUGGGAUUGGAUAAAAUAUUUUAACAUAAUACACAUCCCCACAGUGAAAAAGUAAUGUGUAUCAUCUGUUGUUUGGAUAAUGGUUUGGAGAAUAGUCAUCUGUAGACUGACUUCAUAUCUUUACUGGACCUGUUUGAAACCCUCCUACUGUUGGACCUUGGCAACACUUCUAUAGACCUAAAGAAAAGGAACUGACAGAAGUGGUGGUACUUUGGAAAAAAAGAAAAUUAUUUUUACUUCAAAUCUUUUUGUUUUGGAAAAAUUGCCUGGUGCAAUCACAAACAAGUCCACCUCUCAUUCAAAGAAUAAGAGAAUGUAAAGGGCAUUGUUCUUGUUCAUUUAAAAAUAUGAAAGAUUUCCAUUGACAGUUAUUUCUGUACAGUGCUAUUAUAAAAUACUAUUUUUGUACUUUAGAUUGUUUGUUCCACCAGUCUUUUAUAUUAUAAUAUGUCAUAAUGUACAUACUUUAGAUAACAUAUUUUUGUUUCUUACACCCUUUGGAGUGAUGUUUGGUUUUUGCAAGCUUUGCCUCAUACAUAUAUGGAGAUGUCAAAAGGAUUUGUUUCUUGCUGUGCAUUUUGUUAAAUGUUAAGCUCAUUUACACUUUAUAUUAUUUUUACUUUUCAGUUUUGCUUUGGUCUUUGUUAUUAUCAGUGGCAUUAUUAACAAAAUGGCAUCUGUGCAGCAUUUUAAAGACAAAUUGAAGCUGCCCUUCAAGAAUGUAUUUUAAGUGUUUAAUGAAGAUGUUUAUGCUGUGUGACUGUGACAAAUAGUUGUUGUUGUUUUUUUUAACAUAACUGUUGCUAUUCCCUUGUGAGAGUGAGUAUUUCUUCAUCAAAUUGUAUUCUAUUAGUAACUGCACAAAACAUUUUCAUUUAAAGGAAUUGUAUUCCCUCUUUUGUCAUUAUUUUCACAUGUGUUUGUAAUCUUGCUGUUUUCAUGCCUAUCAGUCUCAGACCAUUGUGUAUAUUUUAGUAUUGAUAAACCACCAUGAAUGAAUACAUUGUAUUGAAAUUCAAGUAAAUGAAAAGGAUUCAAAUGAUAAAAUGUUAAAAGUUACAAGGCCAUUUUCAUCAUACAAAGGAGAUGGUACAUUACCCCACAUAACAUCAGACUAUAUUGGGUUUAAAGGUCCAUUCAGUAACUUUUGUCUGUGUCAUCUUGGACUUACACUGACACCUAGAGGCUUGGAUGCAGCAUCAUUUAAAAUCAAUAGUUUUCAGUGUAAGAUGACAUUGUAGAAAUGUAGUAUUCACAGUCAGCCAUGAUUACUGUAAUCAAUGAGUGAAAGUGUCAAAUAACAGGACGGUUACUGAGAGUAAGCGAGUUGUAUUCGGCUGGUCAUGUGAUUCUAACAUGGCAGCCCCCAUGAGGGGACCCUCUCCAUGUUGAAUAAAUCAGCUUUUAUAAGGUUA